GAAAAGGACACUCAGCAGGCAGCUGCCAACCCAGGCAGGCUCCCGGCUGCCCCAUAAAUAACCGCAGGCCAGAGAGAGGGCCACGCAGAGGCAGGCACACAGCAUGGGGCGCCUGGAGCUGGUCUUGAGCCUUACCUGCUUCUUGGCGGCAGCAAGUGCGGCCCAGCUGGGCGCCGUGUACACGGAGGGCGGCUUCGUGGAAGGUGUCAACAAGAAGCUCGGCCUCUUUGGCGACUAUGUCGACAUCUUCAAGGGCAUCCCCUUCGCUGCCGCCCCCAAGGCCCUGGAGAAACCCCAGCGACACCCUGGCUGGCAAGGGACCCUGAAGGCCAAGGACUUCAAGAAGCGAUGCCUGCAGGCCACUAUCACCCAGGAUAGCACGUAUGGGAAGGAGGACUGCCUGUACCUCAACAUCUGGGUGCCCCAGGGCAGGAAGCAAGUCUCCAGGGACCUGCCCGUCAUGAUCUGGAUCUACGGAGGUGCCUUCCUCAUGGGGGCUGGCCACGGGGCCAACUUUCUCAAAAAUUAUCUGUACGAUGGGGAGGAGAUUGCUACGCGGGGCAACGUUAUUGUGGUCACCUUCAACUACCGUGUCGGCCCCCUGGGCUUCCUCAGCACUGGGGACUCCAACCUGCCAGGUAACUAUGGCCUUUGGGAUCAGCACAUGGCCAUCGCAUGGGUGAAGAGGAACAUUGCAGCCUUCGGGGGGGACCCCAACAACAUCACAAUAUUUGGGGAAUCAGCCGGAGGCGCCAGCGUCUCUCUACAGACCCUCUCUCCCCAAAACAAAGGCCUCAUCCGGCGAGCCAUCAGCCAGAGUGGUGUGGCGCUGUGCCCCUGGGCCAUCCAGAAGAACCCCCUCUUCUGGGCCAAAAGGAUCGCCGAGAAGGUGGGCUGCCCCACAGACGAUACUGCCAGGAUGGCCGGAUGUCUGAAGGUUACCGACCCCCGUGCCGUGACGCUGGCCUAUAAGAUGCCACUGGCAGGCAUGGAGUACCCCAUACUGCACUACCUGGGCUUCCUCCCUGUUGUUGACGGAGACUUCAUCCCCAACGACCCCGUCACCCUGUAUGCCAACACCGCCGACAUCGAUUACAUAGCGGGCACUAACAACAUGGAUGGCCACAUCUUUGCCGGCAUUGACAUGCCAGCCAUCAACAAGGACAAACAGGUCGUCACAGAGGAGGACUUCUACAAGAUGGUCAGCGGGCUCACCAUUACCAAGGGGAUCAUGGGCGCCAACACCACCUUUGACAUCUACACGGAGCCCUGGGCCCAAGACCCGUCCCAGGAGACCAGGAAGAAGACCGUGGUGGACCUUGAGACUGACAUCCUUUUCCUGGUGCCCACAGAGAUCGCCCUGGCCCAGCACAGAGCCAACGCCAAGAGUGCCAAGACCUACACCUACCUGUUCUCCCAACCCUCGCGGAUGCCCAUCUACCCCAAGUGGGUGGGUGCGGACCACGCAGAUGAAAUUCAGUACGUCUUUGGGAAGCCUUUUGCCACCCCCCUGGGCUACCGGCUCCAGGACAGGACUGUCUCCAAGGCCAUGAUCGCCUACUGGACCAACUUCGCCAGGACUGGAGACCCCAACAUGGGCCACUCGGCUGUGCCCACACACUGGGAUCCCUAUACCACGGAAAGCGGCAACUAUCUGGAGAUCAACAAGAAGAUGGACGGCAACUCCAUGAAGCAGAACUUGAGGACCAACUAUCUGCGCUACUGGACGCUGACCUACCAGGCACUGCCCACGGUGGCUGGGGAGGGGGCUGCCCCCACGCCCCCCGCCGAGGACCCCGAGGCCGCCCCCGCGCCCCCCGCCCAGGACCCUGAAUCUCUCCCGGCACCCCCCACAGAGAACCCUGAGGGGGCUCAGAUGCCCGCAGUAAUUGGCUUCUAAUGUCCAUGGCCCCAAGAGGCCACAGGCUGAGCACCACUCGCCCUCCGGAAUAAAGCCUAAUCUCUCUC